CUUUGUCUUUCAGAAAUGUAGAUGACAGCUCCUGUCUUUGAAGGACUCGCACCCGUCUGACCCUGCGCGGCACCUCCGGUUGCUACCAUGAUCUUCUGCAUGCUGCUGUUGGCCUCACUGCCUGAGCCAUCUGGUGCUGAAGUCAACCCUGCUAUCUGCCGUUACCCUUUGGGAAUGCACGAGGGGACGAUCCGAGAUGAGGACAUCACAGCUUCCAGCCAGUGGUAUGACUCCACAGGACCCCAGUAUGCACGGUUACAAAGGGAAGAGGGGGACGGAGCCUGGUGCCCAGCUGGCUUGUUGGAACCAAAAGAUGUACAGUUCCUUCAAAUCGACCUCCACAAGCUCUUUUUCAUCACCUUGAUUGGGACCCAGGGCCGACACGCCCGUGCCACCGGGAAGGAAUACGCCCGUGCCUACCGGCUCGACUACAGACGCAACGGGGAGCGCUGGAUCUCCUGGAAGGAUCGUCAGGGCAGGAAGGUGAUCCAAGGCAACAUCGACACGUACGACGUGGUCCUGAAGGAUCUUCGGCCUCCAAUCAUCGCGCGCUUCGUCCGGGUGAUCCCGGUGACCGAGAUGCCCAUGACUGUCUGCAUGAGGGUGGAGCUCUAUGGCUGUGUCUGGUAUGAUGGUUUGGCAUCCUAUAGCAUCCCUGAAGGAGGGACAAUAGCGGCUCCUGGCUUCCCCAUCGUUUAUCUGAAUGACUCGACCUAUGAUGGAUACCAGGAGCGCAGGCACUUGUACGGGGGGCUGGGCCAGCUGACAGAUGGUGUGCUGGGGCUGGAUGACUUCACCCAGAGCCACCAGUACCGUGUGUGGCCAGGCUAUGACUACGUUGGCUGGAAGAACGAGAGCUUCAGCACAGGCUUUGUUGAAAUGGAAUUCCAGUUCGACCGGCCCCGGAACUUCACCUCCAUGAAGGUGCAUUGCAACAACAUGUUUUCCAAGGGGGUGAAGAUUUUCCAGAAGGUGGAGUGUCUGUUCAAACCACGCCUGAUUGCAGAGUGGGAGCCUGAGCCUGUUGGGGUGGCAACUGUCUUAGAUGACAAGAACCCCAGCGCCAGGUUUGUGACCGUCCCCCUGCAGCAGCGCGUGGGCAAAGCCAUCCUGUGCCGCUUCCACUUCGCUGACACCUGGAUGAUGAUGAGUGAGAUUUCCUUCCAGUCAGACAUGGAGAGUGUGAAUCCUAACGUGGUUACGGCAGGCACGAGCACGAUGGAUGCCUUGGAAAUGGAGAGCAAUGCUACUGAGGGGACCUGGGAAACCACAUCUUCUGUAACCAGCACCUGGAUAGGAGAGAAAGCAGAUGACUCCAACACCUCCAUCCUUGUGGGCUGCCUUGUGGCUAUAAUUCUUCUGCUCCUGAUGAUCAUCAUCAUUAUUCUUUGGAAACAAUAUGUUCAGAAAAGGUUGGAAAAGGCCCCGCGGCGGAUCCUGGAAGAGGAUGCCACAGUUCGCCUCUCCUUCUACAGCUACACCAUUGCCAACAACCAGACCCAGAUCCACCAGUCAAAUCCCACCUAUGAACGUGCUUUCCCACUGGAUUUGGAAUAUCAUCAGCCAGCUACACUGCUCCAAAAGCUUCCAGAGCUCUCCCAAAGUGCAGAGGAUUCAGUCUGCAGUGGGGACUAUGCUGAGCCCGACCUGACCAAGUCCACUCCUCACCAAGGCUUCCAGAACAACGUUCCUCACUAUGCUGAAACAGACAUUGUCCCCCUGCAAGGUGUGACUGGCAACAACAUGUAUGCAGUGCCAGCCCUCACUGUGGAUUCCCUUACCAAGAAGGACAUCUCAGUGGGUGAAUUCCCACGGCAGCAGCUACGGCUCAAGGAGAAGCUGGGAGAAGGACAGUUUGGAGAGGUGCACCUCUGUGAAGCUGAUGGCCUGCUGGAAUUCCUGGGAGUCUCAUCUACAGAAUUCACUCACCAGCCUGUUCUUGUAGCAGUGAAAAUGCUGAGAUCAGAUGUCAACAAAACAGCCAGAAAUGAUUUCCUGAAGGAGAUCAAGAUCAUGUCACGGCUGAAGAACCCAAAUAUCAUCCGGCUUCUGGGGGUGUGUGUGCGGGACGACCCCCUGUGCAUGAUAACAGAGUACAUGGAGAAUGGGGACCUCAACCAGUUCCUGUCACAGAGGGAGAUCUACAGCAAAUUUGCCAUUUCAAACAAUAUUCCCUGUGUCAGCUACUCCAACCUGCUGUACAUGGCCACCCAAAUUGCCUCUGGAAUGAAGUAUUUGGCAUCUCUGAACUUUGUGCACAGAGACCUGGCAACUCGGAACUGCCUGGUGGGCAACAACUACACCAUCAAGAUUGCAGACUUUGGCAUGAGCAGGAACCUUUACAGUGGGGAUUACUACAGGAUCCAGGGAAGAGCUGUGCUGCCCAUACGUUGGAUGGCCUGGGAGAGCAUCCUCCUGGGCAAGUUCACCACAGCCAGUGAUGUCUGGGCCUUUGGGGUCACCCUCUGGGAGAUGUUCAUCCUGUGCAAGGAGCAGCCCUACAGCCUCCUCUCGGAUGAGCAGGUCAUCGAGAACACGGGCGAGUUCUUCCGGAGCCAGGGCAGGCAGAUCUAUCUCUCCCAGACUCCUCUGUGUCCUAACCCUGUGUUUGACCUGAUGCUGAAAUGUUGGAGCAGGGAUAUAAAGGAUCGUCCCACUUUUGACAUGAUUCAUCACUUCCUGCUUGAACAAAUGGAAUCAAACAUUUGACUCCAGAAAAAGAGACAAACUGUUGAGAACAGAGUGACUUUGGUGUCUCUGCCUGUACCUCAUGGGAAGAUGGUCAGGCCACCUUGCUCUCCUCCCUUGACUGUUCCAUAUUUAAGUUGAGAUGUCCAUGGCAGCUGCUCAUUCUAUUGGCCAUGGUCUGACACACAGGACCAGAGGAUCUCAUUUGGUUGAAAAAUCAUCUCCUCUUCUGCAUCAUUUCCUGGGAAUACUGUGAGAGGGGGUUUUAAUGGAUACCCACACAGCUUUGGGCAAAAUGAAUGAGUUAAACUUGGAGGACUUGGAGCUCUCUCCUGGGUGGGACAGAAGGAUCCCAGUAGGUGAGAGCAUUACCACUCAAGAACAGAUUUCUAGGAGUAAAGACUUCAGUCUUUUUUAACUAUUCCAUUAAAUCAAAUGGAAGUCUUGUGCACAUGAGCAGGUGUUUCUGUAUGUUCUUGCUACAGACAAUAUGGAUAGUGAGGACUAGAAGUGUCUGGAGCUAGAGAAUGGUGUCAUGGACUUGAGGACUGACGGAGCUGGAUUUAGCAACCCUUGGGAAGUCGUGCUGCCAGGGUCUACAGAGGACACUGAUUCAGGAGUCCAAGAUCAUGUUCUUUUUUCCUGUGGUUGUUAAGCACUGCUUUUGUUGUAUAUGUGCAUUUUCCCCACACUGGAUUUUUUUUUCUAGAAAAAAGAUGAAAAUGAAUGUUCAAGGUCUUGGGAAGGUCACUAGAGUAGAUCUUCUGACCUGCAAAUUAAGGCUAGGGUAGGGAGUUUGUAUUGAAAAGUAGCUGAUACUGUACUACUGUCACUAUGUAGAUUUAUUAGCCUAAUGAACUUGUAGCCACAAUGGACUGAUGUGCAAUUAAUCCUGUAUAAUUACCCAUUAAUAUGAGGUCUCUAAGUCAAUGCUGUUACAUGUGCAGAGGGAACUUAGAGCAGAACCCGCCGUGUCACUUGUGAGAGGAGAAGGAGCAGAGUACGGGUCACCCCUGGCACGCAUGUGCACCCUGAUACAUUUUUCUAGCCUCAGUGGUUCCUCUC